ACAGGUUCAAAUGCCAGAGAGGAAUUUAAGUGUUAUUAAUACAGAUUUAGAGUUACAACUAAUAUAAAGUGGUCAUUUUGUCCUUUUCUCGCUUCAAGACGAAAUUAUAUGAAUCGGAACCAAACUUCAGCGUAGUUAAACCGUUUAUAAUUCUUUAAAGUUCAUCGUAUACGUAAAUCUGUGUGAUAUGCACGUUAAAUAAAAAUAUGAUACCUUUCUUUUAUUCAUAGAAAGUAGUUGCUUAGCUGUUAGUUCGAGAGUCACGGAACUAUUGGUUAGGGUUAGUCGGGGACUGGAAACUUUGUCGGACCUGAGCCGGAAGUGUCAGGGUAUUUGAGCGGAGCCAGAACGAAAACACAACAAACCAGUUUUUUGGGUUUGUUUUAGAUCAAACUUGUACAUUUUGGGUAAAUUCAAGAUGGACGUUUUCAUUCUGUCUGUAUAAUACCCGAAGAAGCGGGAAAAUGAACUUUUAUGGGUAUUUUUAGCGGUUUGUGCGGCGUUAGCCUAAGCUAACAACAGAACUCUAAACUCCAGCCCAAAUAAAAGCAGUUGUAUCCGGUAAUAUCUCUUCAAACUUGUUUAUCUGCACCAUGAAUCCGUUUGGGAGUCCACAGGGAGGAGCUUUCCAGGCUCCAAGCACCUCCGUGAAGCCCAGUCUGUUCCAGGUUUUCGGACAGCAGAAUUCCAGCGGAUCCCAGGAACAAAGUUUGGGAUUUCUCCAACCAUCUGCUUUCGGACAGCCGUCUGCUGUGCAUCAGCCUGCAGCUCUGAGUGGUUCAAUUUUCGGACAGCCAUCUGUGGUGAGCCAGCCUGUAUCUCAGGGUGGAUCCAUGUUCGGACAGGCGUCUGCUGCUAACCAGCCUGGAGCUCAGGGUGGUUACAUCUUCGGACAACCAUCCACGAUGAAUCAGCCUGCAGCUCAGGGUAGUUCCAUCUUCGGACAGCCAUCCACGAUGAAUCAGCCUGCAGCUCAGGGUAGUUCCAUCUUCGGACAGCCAUCCACGAUGAAUCAGCCUGCAGCUCAGGCUGGUUCCAUCUUCGGACAACCAUCUACGAUAAAUCAGCCUGCAGCUCAGACUGGUUCCAUCUUCGGACAACCAUCUACGAUAAAUCAGCCUGCAGCUCAGACUGGUUCCAUCUUCGGACAACCAUCUACGAUAAAUCAGCCUGCAGCUCAGACUGGUUCCAUCUUCGGACAACCAUCUACGAUAAAUCAGCCUGCAGCUCAGGGUAGUUCCAUCUUCGGACAACCAUCUACGAUAAAUCAGCCUGCAGCUCAGGGUAGUUCCAUCUUCGGACAACCAUCUACGAUAAAUCAGCCUGCAGCUCAGGGUAGUUCCAUCUUCGGACAGCCAUCUACGAUAAAUCAGCCUGCAGCUCAGACUGGUUCCAUCUUCGGACAGCCAUCUACGAUAAAUCAGCCUGCAGCUCAGGGUAGUUCCAUCUUCGGACAACUAUCCACGAUGAAUCAGCCUGCAGCUCAGACUGGUUCCAUCUUCGGACAGCCAUCCAUGGUGAAUAAACCUGUAGCUCAGGGUAGUUCCAUCUUUGGAGAGCCUGCCCAGGCCCAGCUUUCCAUGAGCCAGGCUCCAGCCUUUGUGCAGCCUUCUCUGGGAAUGAACGGCUCAGCUUCAGCUUUUGGAGUCAAUCAGACCCCUGCCUUUGGCCAGCCCUCGGCGUUCGGACAGCCUUCAGUAUUAGGAAAGCCACCUCCUGCUUUUGGGAGCCCUCACACUGCUACCAGCUCCACCAGUUCCAAUCCCGGGCAGUCUUCGUUUGCACAGCCAGCCUCUUCAACUGUGUUCAGCGCUGCUCAGAACGUGAACCAGAGUAAGGGGUUUGGACAACCAGAGUUCAGUUUCAAGCCACCCAAUGAGGCUGUGUUUAAACCCAUCUUCAGUGGCAGCCCAGAACCAGCUAACAACCAAAUUCCAAUAACAUCCAGCUCAUUGUUUGGAGGAAGCGGCUCCCAGACCAGCUCCAGUUCCACCAGCUUUUCUCAGCUGGCCGGACUCAAGACUGGGCCGUUGGGCUUCAGCUUCACACAGCCAGCUGCAGCCGCCUCUGUUUCCAAGCCAACAACGGCUAACAGUAAUUCUGCUAGCAGUUCCCUUCAGUUUUCCUUCACCAAACCGACUGCCCCUCCUGGCUCCAGCUCCACUGGUCCCAGCACAGAGCCCACCACCCCGUCAUCCUUUAGUUUCACGGCAGAUUCCCUGCAGGCUCGGCCAACAUUCUCAUCGACAGUUAGCUUCAGUCACCCCCCAGCUUUUGGUGACAUCAAUCCUAAAGCAGAGUCCGGCUCAGAUGACAAAGAGAGCAGCCUUAAAAUCCAAGACACAAAUGUAUUUGGUCGCAUUAGCAAAGCAACCAAGAGGAAGGAUGAUCCUGCAGUUUCCAGCUCAGGGUUGGAGAAGCCAGCUGUUGAAGAGAAUGCUCCAGCUGACGUAGAUUCACCAAAACCUCCUGCAAAGAGGCAGGUGAUGAAGUCCCGUGGUCUCGCUGGACGCUUGUUUGGCCGGGCGUUGAGCGGGAUUCGUAAAGAUCAGGUCAACCCGGUGAGGAGAGAGGCUAUGGAGACUCUGAGGCCAGCUCUGAACCUGGAGGAGCCAGAAGAACCUUAUGGAGAUGACCUGUCUGCCACGCCGCCCACUGCACAGACGCUAACCAGGGAUGUCGUGGAAAAAUCAAAAGGUUCAGACACGAGCAUCCCUCUGACCUCAGAGGCUGAAGCGUUGACCCCCGUCCGCCAUGGAGCACGCAGGGACAGCCUGGACAGUCUCAGCGGAGCGUCUCCAAGCGAUUUCACCACCAUCAUGUGCAGGAACGUCCCCCCAAACCUCAACAAGAAGGAUGUGAUCGAGAGGCAUUUUGCUCGUUUUGGCAAAGUCUGUAAAAUCUUCUGCAGACCCAACAAGCAACUGGCCAUUGUUCACUUUGAUGACCACACUUCAGCGGCGAAAGCAAAAAAAAGAGGGAAGGUCCUCCAUGGACAGGAGCUGCUCCUCCUGUGGCAGAAGAAGAAGCAAAGUCCUGGAGACAAAGGCAGCAGACCUCCAGGACAACCGGCUGAAUCAGCUGGAGAAACUCCCAGCGUUGAAGAGUCCAAGGCCGGUUCUUCUUCUCUCAAAUGGACGCCACGCAUGCCUCCAACACUCGGCAGCCAUCUCACCUUCAGACAAAGCUCUCCAGUGAGGAGACCAUCUCCAGUAAAGCUGCUGCAGUUUGACUCAGAGCCCCAAAAAGAGAACAUCACUGAGACCCAGGGCUCAGAGCGUUUCGUUCCGUCCACCAUCGUCCAUCUCAUCGGCCAGGUCGCAGAGACCACUGAAGACAAGUACCGCCUCCUGGAGCAGAGAGACAAAGUCCUGCGUCAAGGACGACCGAAGAGGACAGACCUGGACCUAUCCAAGGUUUUUGUAGGGACGUGUCCCGACAUGUGUCCUGAGAAGGAGCGGUACAUGAGAGAAACGCGGAACCAGCUCAGCGUGUUCGAGGUUAUCCCAAACACGGAGAUGGUGGAUCAUGCUGCUGCCAUAAAGGAGUACAGUCGUUCCUCAGCCGACCAGGAGGAGCCUCUUCCUCAUGAGCUGCGACCCCUCCAGGUGCUCAGCAUGACCAUGGACUACCUGGUGACCCAGAUCAUGGAUCAGGGUCUGGAGAACCACAGAGACUGGUACGACUUUGUGUGGAACAGGACCCGAGGCAUCCGCAAGGACAUCACCCAGCAGCGCCUCUGCUGUCCCCACACCGUGUCGCUGAUCGAGAAGUGCACGCGCUUCCACGUGCACUGUGCCCACCACCUCUGCGAAGAGCGCUUGUCGUCCUUCGACGCCAAAAUCAACAACGAGAACAUGACAAAGUGCCUGCAGAGUCUGAAGGAGAUGUAUGAGGACCUGGCGACGCAGCAGACGUUCUGCCCCCGUGAGGCCGAGUUCCGCCAGUACAACGUCCUGCUGAAACUCAACGACGGCGACAUCCUUCGGGAGGUCCAGCAGUUCCGUGACGAGGUCCGUAAAUCUCCUGAGGUGAAGUUCGCAGUUCAAGCCUUUGCAGCCGUCAGCAGCAACAAUUUUGUGCGAUUCUUCAAGCUGGUGAAAGGAGCUUCUUAUCUGUCCAGCUGCCUCCUGCACAGAUACUUCAACCAGGUCCGAUCAAAGGCCCUGAAGGCCCUGAACAUGGCUCACACCGUGGGUCCACGGUCGACCCCGUUUCCAGUCGACGACAUCGUUCGAAUGUUGAUGUUCCGCAGCGCUGCAGAGGCAACGGACUUCAUCCUGCAGUAUGGCCUCAAUGUUAAUGAUGGGAUGGUGGAUCUGAGUCGGACGGCCUUUCAGGAGCCAGAACUCUCGCUGUCUCUGAAAAGGUCCGAAGUCAUCCUGGCCAAGAAAACAACAUUGAUCGGACAGGUGGUGAACGGAGGUCCACUUCCCAACCCUCCGCAGCACAUUCCCGUCUGCAGCUUCGACUCCCAGAACAAAUACAGAGGAGACGGCCCGCUGGCAGAGCCCAGCUUCAGCUACGCUAAAGUGGAGACUGUGGAGGCAACAUCCUGGCCCCGUGUUGAGGUGCCUUCCCAGUUUGUACCGAUCAAAGCUCCGGAUGCUCCGGCUGUUGCAUCUGAGACGGGAGAAUCCUAUCACCCUGCGGCUCAGCUCUUCCAGCCAAUCCCUGAGCCUGAGCCCGUCAAACCUCCGUCACCUCCACCCAAACCUCAGCCGGUCUACAGCGAGGAGGAGGUUAUGACCGAGGUGGAGUCAGUGAUAGAAGAGGUGGUUGAAGCAGGAGUCCGAGCGGUCGCUGUUGCUGGUGCCAGCUACGCCAGAGCAGCUCUCAUGGAGAGCAGUGUGCAGGUGGAGGUUCUGGUGGGUGAGGUGUUGGAACAGAUGUUAAAGGAGCUAUCGGCCUCAGAGAUCAAGCUAGAGCAAGAGCGGGUCGCUGAAGAGAAACGGAGACUUGAAGAGGCGAGGAGGAGACAGGAGCACGAAGCUUUACUGGCUCAGUUCAGCUGCUCUCUCUGCACAGAGAUCAUCCACGAGGUGGUCGAUGAAGCAAUGAAGGAAACCGCCGCCUCCAAGAUCCAGGAGGCGUUGAAUGAGAAAGCAGAACGUUUUGCUAAAUGCACCGAGCAGAUCUGCUGCAGCUUGAUUGACGAGACUUUAACCUCAAACAUCGCUCAGCUGGCAGAAGAUGUUCUUGAAGACGAGCUGGAACGGAUCCACAAGUUCAUCAAAAGGUGGCGUGAUGUGGUUGCUAUUCGCCGUCAGCUGAAGCGACAGAUGAGAAGUUUUCCUGCGGCUCCUUGCUGCGUUGACCCCCGCUUCAAGCUGAGGGCCCUCGCUCCCAGCGCCCCCGCGCCGCCCUCCGUGGCAGAUCUGGCUCGAGGUCUGGUCAACCUGGGAAACGGCGGCGUGUUGGCCGUGUCCAGCACCAGGUUGUUGAAGAUGAGACAGGGAGCCAUCCACCAGAUGAGAGUCCAUUCUUUCUAUCAGCAGCUGCUUGAGGAGACGGCCUGGAAGCCGCUUGAUCUGCCAGCCCUGGCGUUGGAAAACAUCCCAAACCUGACUGACAGGAUCUUCUGGAAAGCUCUCCUGCUCUUACCCAGUGACCAUGAACGUGAUGCCAGCCUGGCUGACAGGUUGCUGUCAGACUGGCUGAUGGUGAAACUUGGUGGAGAUGCAGAAUCAGAGGAGCAGACAGACGGGAGCCUGAAGACUCUCUGUAUCUCCAACAGCCUGCAGGAAAGUGGGCAGAGGACUUAUAAAGUCCACGUCACAGUCAAGGCUUCCAGAGGUCCGCUGACCGAGGCUGUUCUGUCCGGAGCGGAGGAGUGCUGCGAGCUCCAUGGCACCAGAGCGAUCAUCAUGCUGCUCCCUGCCCUGGCCGACAUGGAGCUCAGACAGGAAGACCAGGACGUUCCUCUGCUCUCCGCUUUGCUUCAGCUCAAACAGCUGCAGCAGAUCAACAGCUGGAACUGCCCGCUGCCUCUGGUAGUCUUGGUUCCGUGGCACCGUGGUGCUGCGGACACUCGGAGACUGGAGGAAGCCCUGUUGCUGCACACUCUGCUGGAGGAAGAACUGAUCUCAGACUACAUGCUUGUCUUCAUACCAGAUUCAACAAGUGACCUGCAGGGAUCCAAGCAGCUGAACCAGGCCAUCCGCUGGCUGCUGGGCCGCUCUCCACCACCUCCACCUCUCUCCUGUCAAACCCUGGUGCAGCUCAUUGAGGCCAGUCUGAGCCAGGAGUUCUGUCCCAGAGUUUACUCCAACCGGCAGAAUCGGGCCGCUGCACGGCUUCCCGGCCAGGAUGCAGCGCCGGUCGUUCAGCUUUAUAACGCCGUCCUGGCUCAUGUUGCUCAUGGAGUCGCCUCUCAGGAUCUCUGUGCCCUGUCGUGGCCUCCUGCUGAGUUCAGUCAGCCUGAAACCAGGGAGUUUGUUCCUCAUCUGGGCUGGAAUUCAGCGCAGCAGCUUUCCUGGCUGCAGGAAGUUAUCCUCAGUCUGCUGCUGCCAGAGUGGGAGGAGAUACCUGCUGCAGACUCCUGGUCGGAUCUCCGCUCCUUCAUCUUUCGUUACGCUGCUGAGAUCCCAACUUCACGUCACAGUCAGCCGCUCCUCAUGUCACGGCUGGAGAACCUUCUGGAAAGGGUCCGACUGAAGGCUCAACGCACUCAACCCCCCAUGUCUAGUAUAACCGCUGAGAAUAUUGACCUGGAAGUGCAGAGUGUUUGUGCAGCCUACAGGCAGAUUCCAUGGGAUGAUGUUGUGCUGAUCUUCAUGGACCACAAACUGAAAGACUGGCAGCCGUCUGGACCUCCUCCUUGUCAAGACGCAGUGACAGAAGAUGGGGAGAUCCUGGUUUACUUCCCAACAGGUUCUCUGGAUGGUUUCAAACCUCCUGCAGAGUGGACGCAGGCCGUGGAGAAAACUCACAGAGAGAAGCAGCAGCAGGAGAGGGAUGGAGCGACUCAGGCUCCCUGCGCCCCGCCUCCUGCUCCGUCUCUCAAACGAAAGUUGGUAAACAGCUGGGUGGAGGCCCCCAAGGGACCGAUGCUUCAUCUGGACAUCACACACACUCCCACAGCUGAGGAACUGCUGGCCCACAGAGUUCUCCAGAGCUUAGAGGAAGAAAAGGCUGAGAGCAAGAGGAGCCUGGAGCAGCUGCAGCGUUGGCUGGAUGGCGACCCGUUGGAUCAUCUGUCCACUCCACUCUUCAUCCCGUCCUCCACCCUGCUGUCCUCACCGACCACCAGGAAGGUUGCUCCCUCAGGCAGGACCAAAGGUUCUGCUGCAACCACGCAGGUUUCUUCUCCGAAGCCUGAGCUGGAUGAGCGUGUGGACGGGCCAUCGUGGUCCAAACCGCCUCCUGUACCUCUGACUCGGAGGCUGAAGGAUCUGGAGCGGCAGAUUGUGGCGGGCAGAGAAGAGGAGCUGGCCUGCAGGCUGAAGCUGAGUGGGCUGCUGAGCAUCGUGGACGACUGAAGAUGUUUUAGAUGGGGCCUUUCAGUUUGCUUCUGUGCUCCAUGAUUGUCAUAUUUUUAUUAUUAGAUCAGGAUUUUUAGGAAUAUUGUGUUAAAUGUUCCCUUUGUUUCUUUUAUUGGACUCUGAGAUGUUAAAUUAACGUGUCGAAGUCAUUUUAUUUUCCAUUGUGCUCAGAUAUUAAAUAAAUAUUUUCAAGUAAA